UCAUUGUGUCAACAUGGCGCCUGUCUGCCGGACAAAAGGCGAAUCUGUCUGACGGCGGAUUGAAACCCAAUUAGAAACAGAGAAGACAUUUUGGGAAAACUGUCAGUGUUCGUGUGUCCCGGCGGCCCAAGGCAAUAGAUAUAUGGUGGAAUAAACGUCCGUGGAGGCUCUUGAACUGGAAUAUUAAGGAUGUUCCAGCAGUGUGAGGAGCCUCGUUUCACCAUCGAGCAGAUUGACCUCCUCCAGAGGCUAAGGAGGACGGGGAUCACCCAGGCGGAGGUCCUCCACGCCCUGGACACCCUGGACCAUCUGGACCGUCAACAUGGACGCAAGUUGACCCAUAAACCUUCCUACAUGCCUCCUUCAUCUUCCUUAUCUUCUUCCAGCACUGUCACCGCCUCUUCCUCCAUGACUUCCACCGCCACUCAGACAAGUUUCCCGGACAACCAACUCUCACUGUCUCCUAAUAACAACUAUGACACCACCUCCCUGCCUCUACCAGUUCCAGUAGCCUCACCUGUUGUCAUGGCAGCGGUAGCUCAGAAUGGUAUAGUUGCUGUCAGCAAUGGGAAGCUGUCACCACCCCGGUUUCCUCUUGGUGUGGUUAGCGGCAGUGUGACGGCACCAGGCUACGGGUUUGAGGCCAGUGAAGAGGACAUAGAUGUCGAUGACAAGGUGGAGGACUUGAUGAGAAGGGACAGUGCUUUGAUCAAGGAGGAGAUUAAGUCCUUCCUGGCGAACAGGCGGAUUUCCCAGGCUGUGGUUGCUCAGGUAACGGGGAUCAGUCAGAGUCGAAUCUCCCACUGGCUCCUACAACAGGGAUCGGACCUCAGUGAGCAGAAGAAACGAGCCUUCUUCCGCUGGUACCAGCUGGAGAAGACCAACCCAGGCGCCACUCUGGCCAUGCGAGCUGCCCCGUUGGCCCUGGAGGACAUGAUGGACUGGCAACAAGCCCCGCCCCCCUUUGGCGCCUCCCCUGGGGGCUUCCGUCUGCGGCGGGGCAGCAGAUUCACCUGGAGGAAGGAGUGUCUGGCUGUUAUGGAGAGCUACUUCAGUGAUAACCAGUACCCUGAUGAAGCAAAGAGAGAGGAGAUUGCCACUGCCUGCAACGCUGUCAUUCAGAAACCAGGAAAGAAGCUGUCUGAUUUAGAGAGGGUCACAUCUCUGAAGGUCUACAACUGGUUUGCCAACCGCCGCAAAGACAUCAAGAGGCGCGCUAACAUUGAAGCAGCCAUCUUGGAGAGUCACGGCAUCGAGGUUCAGAGUCCAGGAGGUCAGUCCAACAGCGACGAGGUGGAUGGCAACGACUUCCCUGACCCGGGUUGUGAGGUGUCUUUAUUUGACAAGAGAGCUUCAGCCAGACAGUUUGGUUUCAGUCGAGCUGACCUUUCCUCUCCAACCCAGGUUCCCACGCUGCUCCCCAGCUGGUUUACCACCCUUGGUAGAGGAAGCUUGUCUGGACAAAGGGGCACUUCUCUGAUUGGCCGCUCCCUAGUAACAGGGACGGGUCCUCAGGCAGAAGGGUCCAGAUUGACAGGCGUGUCCUGGUCUCCGCCAUCCCCUUCCCUCCAGGACGAACCCACCAUUCAAAGCGUGCUGUCCGAACCCCAGGACCCAGUCAGGUUGGAAAAGGCGGCUGUCACUCACAGCAACCAAGCCCUAACCAAUCAGGUGGAUGGGGCAGGGUGCAGUAUGGGGAAUGAAAUAAAGACGGAAACGCUGGAGGAUGACUGAAGAGGGUGGUGGAUAUCGGAGUUGCCAGAGUCAUGAAUAGAACAGGUGUGUUAAUAUGCAAGCAGAUUAUAUAGGAAUGUAAUAAUAAGUGGAGAAAAAAAAAAAAAAAAAAAAGACCAAAAGUCGUGUAAAUGCCAACCCUGAGAUACCUCCCAACCCUACCUCCAACCACCAACCUGCUCUGCUACGCUCUUAUAGGCAUUACUAGUAUAUUAUAACAAUGAUAAUAAUAAUAAUGAUAAACAUUUAUUUGCUAAAGUCCUCCCCAGCAGACUGUGGAAUAUUUUAAAAUGCCUAAAUAAUAACAAACAAACAAAGUGAAAUAAAUUAUGAAUUACUUAUCAAACGGUAAAUGCAUACUUAAAAGGAGAGAGAGAGAUAUACACACACAUUUCCACAUUAUUUCUUUGUUGAUUUGUUUUUAUUAAGGCAUUUUAAAUCUUCCAUAGAGACUGAGUAAUAGGACUUGAUGCAUUGUGCAGAUUUCCUUGAAAAACUGCACUUUCACAGCAGGACAACACUGUAUUUGACAUGGGAUUCAAAUAAUUUCAGGGUCUUGCACUGUGAUCUAAACACAACUAAACAGCCUCAAAAACUAAAUACAUGAAUUUGAAAGUUAAUUUUAACAUUGUUUUAAAAAUUAAGUAACGCAUGUCAUCACAGUUGAUAAUAUUUUAAAUUUUCGCUGUUGAUUCCUUCCUGUGAGAAGAACAGCAGAAUAAGCUUAGUUUUCUUUAAAAAAAAA